AUGGAAUUCUUCCCAACUGCCGACUCCCCUACUGCCGUCUCAUCUAUCGGAAACAGAGAUCAUAGCCCCAAAAUCGACAAACUCACGAAAAAGGCGCUGCAGAUCGCGCUGCAAAAGCUGCACGAUUGGAUUAACGAUCCGGACGCAGAUCACCAUUUUCUCACCUCUGACUGUUCAACCAUGACAGUCCAUGAGCUGCGAGAUGCGCUAGAACUGGCUACAGAGGAGAGCCGUAUCUUCCAAGAUAUUAUGGGCGAAGCCGCCACUCUGAAGUACCACCUUUUCAUUUUUGAGGAGGAUAUAGUAGCCUUCAGUGGAAUGGGAUACAACGCGGGUUGCAAUGACAGGGAGGUUACUAGCUCCGGUAUGGAAGGACAUGGUGAUGGAGAGGAGGGACACGAUAAACUCGAGGAGGAUGUUGAGAUGGCUGUGGCCUCUCUGUAG